AUGCAUUUACCACUUGGGCGAACCAUUUUUGCACUCUUGUACAUAGUGAGGUUUUGCAGGUGCUUCUUUCCUAUUUCCGGAGGGGAAUCCAGAGGAAUCCACAGACAGGGCAUAUACCCAAGUGAAGGAGAAAAACAAAUGCGAAGUCUUCUGAGGAAGGGAAACAUCACACAUCUGUGUAACAAAAUAAGAUGUGCAAAUCAUGUGCAGCGAUAUGAAGGUAGAAGGGGAAUAUUUAGUUCCACGGGGAGUAGUGGGAAAAGGAAUCCACUGAGUAGUCGGCUUUUCAGCUCAUUCGAAACAAAAACGCCCGGUAGUCAAGUAGAACAAGUAGUGGACGGAAUAGCAGUGACCAUUUAUGAUAAUACAAAUAUAUUCAAGGAAGAGAUUAGUAACACCCCGAUAGUUUUAAUUCACGGAUGUUAUGGUAGCAAAAAUAACUUUCGUGUUUUUAGCAAAAGCUUAAAAAGCAAUAAAAUUGUAACCCUUGAUUUACGGAACCAUGGCAAUUCAAAACAUACAGAUAGUAUGAAAUAUGAAGAAAUGGAAAGUGAUAUAAAAAAAGUUCUGGAUGAACUUCAUAUUAGGAAAUGCUGUUUAGUUGGUUUCAGUUUAGGUGGGAAAGUAUCCAUGUAUUGUGCCCUAAAAAACCAGUCUCUUUUUUCUCACCUAGUCGUCAUGGACAUCCUUCCCUUUGACUACAAUGAGAAGAAAUACCACGUGAAGCUUCCCUACAAUAUUAGCCACAUGACAAAAAUCCUUUUUAAUAUUAAGACCAAGCUGCGCCCGAGGAAUAAGGCUCAAUUUCUUGCCCACUUGCGAGCACAAGUGCCAGACAUAUCUAGCUCCUUCGAACAGUUCAUUUGCACAUCGCUCAAGGAGGAAAGGGCAAAAGUGGGGAAGGCAACUGGAGAGGUGGAUAUGCCCAUAGGUGGGACGGACUUGAUCCGUGAUUCCAGCAUGGGUACUGAGGGUGCGAUUCGAUAUUCAGAGAACCCUGCCACUGAACAGAAAAACCUUGUGUGGAAAAUUAACGUAGACACCAUAUUCAGGGAACUUCCCCACAUUCUUAGCUUCCCACUAAAUCACCAAGAGCACAAGUAUCACAACCCUUGUAGUUUUAUCAUUGGCACGAAGUCAGAUUUAGUCUAUACCAUGCCGCAGUACGAAUCCAUUAUAGAGAAUUACUUUCCGUCAAGCCAGAAAUUUAUUUUGCCUGAUGCAACUCAUACUGUUUAUAUUGACAAUGCAAAGGAGUGUGCUGAUAUUGUUAAUAGGACAUUGCGCUUGUAA